AUGAGGUUCACUCAGCUUGCAGUAUUUUUUGCAGCAUUCUUCCUGCCGUUCAUUUCAGCAAUUUCUAAUGAGAAGCUUUCUAAGGAAGCGUCAAGGUAUAAAGGUAUUAUCCAGCUGACCAACAACAACUUCAAGCGGAUUCUGGAUAGCAAGCGCGAGGCCUAUAUAGUUGUGCUGCUCACUGCGACCAACGCUCAGGUCGGAUGUACGCUAUGCAUGGAACUGGACCCCGAAUUCAGCAUGAUGGCUGAUUCCUGGUACAAAGAUCACCCCGAGGGUUUGUCGGAAAGCGGGACUGGAAUGUUCUUUGCGAGAGCUGACUUCGACCCCAAGAAGAACAGUGAUGUCUUCAUGCACUUCAAAGUGAACAAUGUGCCUAGACUCCUAUUCCUGACUCCCCAGGGAGACCCCAGCUCUUUCAGUCAGAUCAAUUUGCCUGGUGAAGGAGGUAUGACCAGAGUGCUCGCCAUUGUGAACACCUUGCGCGACGCGACCGGGAUUUCGGACUUCAAGAUCUACCAGCCAAUCAACUGGGGGUCAGUUUUCGUCACCGCGUUCGCUACAGCUGCUGUGACCUUACUAGUUAAAAAGUACAAACCUGUGGCCGCUAAAUUAAUUACCUCCAAAUACGUCUGGGGCUUGGCCACUGUCUUUGUCAUCAUUCUGUGGAAUGCUGGUUAUAUGUUCAACUCAAUCAGAGGUAGUCAGUUUGCCGGUAUGACACAGGACGGCUCGGCUGUCAUCUAUUUCAUGGAGGGGCAACAGCAGAAUCAGUUUGGUAUCGAGACCCAGAUAGUGGGAGUCAUUUACGGCGUUCUCGCGUCUUGCGUAGCAGGCCUUGUGUUGUUUGUCCCUUACGCCAAGCAGUUUUAUGCGACCGAUAAAUCGGGCAGACCUACGCUCUCGAAAGCCUGCUUUGUGGAGUUUUCUUUAACGCUAUCGUUCUUGGUCACUCUCUAUUUGGUUUAUGGCGCCCUAACCGGUGUCUUCAAAUUAAAAAGCCCAGGAUACCCAUUUAAGCUCAUCAAGUUCCCAUUCCACUAG